AUGAGGACUCUGAACACCUCUACUAUGGAUGGGGCUGGGCUGGUGGUACAGAGAGACUUCUCCUUCCGCAUCCUUACAGCCUGCUUCCUGUCUCUGCUCAUCCUGUCCACACUGCUGGGGAACACACUGGUCUGUGCCGCGGUCAUCAGGUUCCGACACCUGCGGUCCAAGGUGACCAACUUCUUUGUCAUCUCCCUGGCCGUAUCGGAUCUCUUGGUGGCUGUCUUGGUCAUGCCCUGGAAAGCGGUAGCGGAGAUUGCUGGCUUCUGGCCCUUUGGGUCCUUCUGUAACAUCUGGGUGGCCUUUGACAUCAUGUGCUCGACUGCGUCCAUCCUCAACCUCUGUGUGAUCAGCGUGGACAGGUAUUGGGCCAUCUCCAGCCCCUUCCGGUAUGAGAGGAAGAUGACCCCCAAGGCAGCCUUCAUCCUGAUCAGCGUGGCGUGGACCUUGUCUGUACUCAUCUCUUUCAUCCCAGUACAGCUCAGCUGGCACAAGGCGAAACCCACGAGCUCCUCCGACGGCAAUGCCACUUCCCUGGGUGACACCCCGGACAACUGUGAUUCCAGCUUAAGCAGGACAUAUGCCAUUUCAUCCUCCCUGAUAAGCUUUUAUAUCCCCGUGGCCAUCAUGAUUGUCACCUACACCAGGAUCUAUAGGAUCGCCCAGAAACAAAUACGGCGCAUCUCGGCCUUGGAGAGGGCAGCAGUCCAUGCCAAGAAUUGCCAGACCACUACUGGUAAUGGAAACCCGGUGGAGUGUUCCCAACCAGAAAGCUCCUUUAAGAUGUCCUUCAAAAGAGAGACUAAAGUUCUGAAGACUCUGUCCGUGAUCAUGGGGGUCUUCGUGUGCUGCUGGCUUCCUUUCUUCAUCUUGAACUGCAUGGUGCCCUUCUGUGGGUCUGGGGAGACCAAGCCCUUCUGCAUUGAUUCCAUCACCUUUGACGUGUUUGUGUGGUUUGGGUGGGCUAAUUCCUCCUUGAACCCCAUCAUUUAUGCCUUUAAUGCUGAUUUUCGGAAGGCAUUUUCAACUCUCUUAGGAUGCUACAGACUUUGCCCUACCACGAAUAAUGCCAUAGAGACGGUUAGCAUCAAUAACAAUGGGGCUGUGGUGUUUUCCAGCCAUCACGAGCCUCGAGGCUCCAUUUCCAAGGACUGCAAUCUGGUUUAUCUGAUCCCACAUGCAGUGGGCUCCUCCGAGGACCUGAAGAAGGAGGAGGCAGGUGGAAUGGCCAAACCCUUGGAGAAGCUGUCCCCGGCCCUAUCUGUCAUAUUGGACUACGACACCGAUGUCUCUCUAGAGAAGAUCCAGCCCAUCACACAAAACGGACAGCAUCCAACCUGA